UUUAAAUUAUCUUUUCUUUCUGGUACUUGGGUCGUUACACUUUUUUUGUUCGUUUUUGUUUACAUUUUUAAAAUUCUUGGUCUGCAAAUGUAAAUAAAAAAAUCUAAUUAAUUUAUUCUGUAGUCGUUUCCUUCUUCUGUCCAGCAGGUGGCGGUAAUGCAUAUUUUUGAUUUGACACCUGUCAAUAAACCUUGAAGAAGAAAUUCAAGAUGGCGAGAGGUGGUACGCACGUGGAACAACAUACUGGAGAGGAUGGGGUCAGUCAUGAACAAGAAGGAGGAGGAAGUACCGACGCAAACUCAGAUGAUGAAGGAGAAAACAGCAUUGAUGCUGAUAACUGCAGUGAAGAGGAGAGCCGAGGGGUUAACGACGGAGAGGAGGAAGCUAAAUGUGGAUGGGCCGAUACUAUGGCAAAGAUUCUGGGGAAGAAAACUACAAGUGGUACAAUCCUGGUUAAGAGCAAAGAACUGGAUAAGAUGAAGGAAAUGCGGAGAAAGGAGGAGCUGGAAAAGAAGAAACAGAUGGACAAGAAGCGACUGUGGGAGAUGAUGUGUCGAGACAAACCCGACAUUGUGAAGGACCACAAGAAUGAAAGAGCCCUACAAAGGAUCGCGACAAGAGGUGUGGUGCAGCUGUUCAACUCGGUUAGGAAACACAAGAAAACAACUGAUGACCGCUUGAGGGACGUAGGUGGUUCAGAAAGGAAAAAGAGCAAGAUUUUGUCUUCUUUCUCAAAAAGAGACUUCAUCUCUGUGCUGAGACAAACGGAGGAUGGAAGCGAGGUCUCCAGAAAGACGCAGAAGGACGCAGUUCCUGAUUCAGAGGAGAAGCCUGCCUGGAAUGUCCUCAGAGAGGACUUCAUGAUGGAAGCCACCAUGAAAGACUGGGACAGAGACGGUUCUGACACACAGACAUGAGAGCCUCAGGUCAAAAGACUUGAACUGAUGCCAAGGCCAGUGUUGGUCUGGUAAAAAGAAACAACUUUAUCCUGCAGACAUGUUUCAAGUUUGUUUUUGUGUUUGAGCUGCGGUUCUGAUUAUCAUCUGGACCUCUUCAGUCUUCAGGAUCCACGAGCUGUUUAUUUGAUGUUCUGUAGGAUGCAUUGACCAUCUGUGUCCAGGUCUUUAGUAGUGGAUUAUGUUGACUAACCCCUGCAGCUCUGUUACAAAACAUCCUGGCAAAGCCUAUAUGGGUCUGGUUUCAGUGAGGUUUCAUCAUCUAACCUACCAAGCAUCUCAGAACAAGAGAAGAUGCCAACAGAUGAGGCUGGAGGAGCGAGUGGGACUUUAUGGAGGUUCCAUGGUUAAAUGUUUGGUUUAUUCUACAGAUGUACAGUCAGAGAAAUAUACACACAAUGUUUCUUCUGUUCCCUGUCCUUCAGAUGCCGUUUCCAGACUCUGGUGUUCUUAGGGUGCAGGUGGAUUUACUUUGUGUUGCUCAGACUCAUGAGCGCUAUCUCCUACAACAAGCUGUUCAUUCUCAUCAAAACAACUUCAUAUAUUAACAUCUUCCUAGAGAAAAUUCUUAACUCUGGUUGGGUUUUGUGAAUUUCAUUUAAUUAAAAGGAUGAUUAAUCCAAA